AUGAUCUCAAACUCCACGAACGACAUUUUUGACUCAGAGUUGCUUCUGAGACCAGAGGAGCAUUUCUAUAAGAAGGGGUACGAGGAAGGAAAAUCACAACCAACUGAAGACGAUCAUAGAGAAGGAAAAGAGCUUGGCAUACAAACAGGAUUUCAGCGGUUUAUAGUCGUAGGAGCAUUACGAGAAAUCGCUGAAUUCUUGCAUGAGCAAAUUCUGGUGGCAAGAACCGCAAAUCCCACGUCAGAUUUUAUAAUAUUGAACGGUAGAAAGAAAACCUAUCUUAGAUUGCAAAAGCAGGUUUCCGAAGUGAUACAGCUACUUAAUUCAUUUAUUGACUCUAAGAGUGGGCUUGUGGUAGCAUCAAAUUCUGAUGAGGAUGUAGAGAACUUCAGAAAGACUUUCAAGCAAGCCCGUGCAAAAAUCAGGUCUCUCUGCUCAAUAACAGGAUACGGCAAAAUGUACUCGGAAGUGGAAAAAAACUGUUUGCUUGUUGGGAAAAAGAUUCCAGUUUCUGACAUAAGUGGUACAACUGAUGAUUCCUGGUGA